AUGGCAUCUACCGAAUCCAAACAAGAAUCCACUACGCAAAUAAGCACAACUCCCACCGGAGAAGAAUUAAUAACUGAGACAAUAACCACUACGAUCACAACAUAUACAACCGUUGAAAUCCCUAUAAAAGAAAUAGUCUCUACUACUGCGGUUGAAGAAACAACCACAGCCCCUGCAAUAGAAGAAACUACGACGAAAGGGACGACCGAAACAAUAGUCUCAGUUGAAGAGAAAAUUACAACUCCUGCAAUAGAAGCAGCUACGAUUAAAAUCGAGGAGGAAAUUACGCCCACUACAGUAGAAAUCAUUUCUCAAGAAGAAAUACCAAAGGCCCAUGUCAAAGAGACAACGAUCGAAUCAGUAACAACAGUAAUUCCUGUAGAAACUACAUCUUUUGUGGAAAAAAACGUUGCAACAACAACCACAACGGAAACAAUUACUGAAGAGAAAAUACCCAAGGCACAUGUCAAAGAGGCAACAAUCGAAACAGUAACAACAGUAACUCCUGAGACAUCUUUGGUGACAGAAAAUAUUGCAGCAGAAAUAAUUACCGAAGAGGUAAUACCAAAAACACAUGUCAAAGAAUCAAUAAGCGCAGUAACUCCUGUGGAAACUUUAAUAGAAAAGAAAAAUGUAGAAAAUGUAACAACAGCAACAACUACCACUACUACUGAAGAGGUAAUACCAAAAACCCAUGCCAAAGAGACAACAACCGAAUUUAUGUCAACAGUAACGCCUUUAGUCGAAAAGAAAAGUGUAGAAAAUGUUGCGAAAGCAGUAAAUCAACAACAAACCUUGACUACAAAAGCAGUCGAAGAAAAAGAAAAAUCCGCACCAAGAAAAAAAUCAAAUGGAAGUAGUACAGAAACUGCAGAAAAAGAUGAAACCCUCAUAGAGAAAGCUGAUAUCGAGAAAGGAGAGUCACCUGAUAACGACGAUGGAAACGAAGAUCAUAGGGCAGUAAAGUUAAAUCCGACCGAAUUCGCAUUGAUCAUGAUUGGUCUUGCUUUCGGCAUGUUUUUGGCUGCUCUCGAUCAAACGAUUGUCGCCACAGCAUUACCUAAAAUCGCGUCAGAUUUUAAUGCGUUAGAUCAAAUUUCUUGGGUUGCAACGUCAUAUCUUUUAACUACGACCGCAUUUCAACCUACCUACGGAAAAUUUUCUGAUAUAUUUGGCAGAAAAGCCACAUUUUUAUUCUCAAUUAUUACAUUCGAAACUGGUAGUCUUUUAUGUGGUCUCGCUCCAGGAAUUAUCUCAAUGAUCAUCUUUCGAGCAAUCGCUGGUGUCGGCGCUGGUGGCAUUCUCAGUCUUGUUUUGAUAAUAAUUUCUGAUAUAGUAACUCUAAAAGAACGUGGAAAAUACCAAGGUCUUAUCGGUGCUUGUUUCGGUUUAUCAUCAGUGGUCGGUCCAUUACUUGGCGGUGCAUUCACUGAUCACGUUACUUGGAGAUGGUGUUUCUUUAUAAAUCUACCUUUAGGUGCCAUUACAAUUGCCACCGUGGUUUUCUUAUUACGCUUACCUAAGCCUAAAGGAGGGUUAAGAGACAAACUAAAAAGAAUUGAUUGGUUCGGAAUAUUGGUCGUUGUCUUGGCUACCGUUGCUCUUUUACUUCCAUUAAGUUGGGGUGGCGAUAAGUAUGCCUGGAACAGUCCAAUUAUUAUCGUUCUAUUAAUCGUCGGUGGUCUACUCUUUAUUCUCUUUGGAUAUAUUGAAGGUUGGGUAGCAAUUGAACCAGUCGCACCAAGUCGCCUAUUUAAAAAUCGUGCUGUUGCUGCAUGUUUCGGUGUAAACUUCUUCCAAGGGAUGUCUUUCUUCGCUAUGAUCUAUUAUGUCCCAAUAUAUUUUCAAGUCGUAAAAAAUGAAUCAGCUACUUCUUCCGGACUAGAAUUAUUACCAUAUAUUCUGGGUGUUGUAAUUGCAUCUAUCACUUCUGGUCAAGCCAUUUCGAGAAAUGAAAACUUCCCAAAACAAUGGAUAUGCAUUGUGGGUGCAUCUUUUAUCACUAUUGGUGCUGGGCUUACCAGUAUUUUGACCGAAGAUUCAAAUCGUGGAGAUCAAAUUGGAUUCUUGUUAAUAUCUGGUAUUGGUGUUGGUUUAAUUAUGCAAACUACCUUGUUAGCUGGACAAGCUGCUGUUGAUCACUUGGAUAUCGCGUCUGUUACUUCAAUGUUGACCUUUUUCCGUUUAAUCGGCGCAGUAUUCGGAGUUGCAAUAAUCGGAACAAUCUUCAAUAACGAACUCGUUAAAAAAGUCCAAGCAUUUGAUCUCGAUAUUCAAACCAUUGAACAAAUCAAAAAAUCAGCGGCAGCACUCAAUAGAUUGUCUCAAGCUCAGAGAGGUCAAGCAAUGCACGCAUACGUCGAAGCAUUAGACGCUGCCUACCGGGCUGUGAUACCGAUGGGUAUUUUGUGUUUCCUGUGUGCAUUGGCAAUAGGAAAGAAUAGGAAGCGGAAACCUGGUGAAGAAAAGAUUGUUGUGUUUAGCGAGUAA